AUGUUGCGUCAGAAAGCUUUGGAGGAAGUUCUGGGACAAGUGAACACAGCUGAAAUAGCGAAUCUCCUGAUUCCAGGUGGACGAGAAGAUUUAAAAGAGGCCAUGAUUGUAUGUGAAGAUGGUAUCGUAGCCGCAACGCGAGUAUCAAAUAUGUUGUUGGCGUUGAAGUUAGCGGUCGGCCGGGCCAGAGAACGUCGUGGUCUUAGAUAA